AUGGCUGCCAAAGUUGACACACUACCACUCCUCUCCCAAAACCGCAUUGAGUCCGGCUCCGUCAAUAUCCCCGUUGCUGAGCUCCCCCGCACUUGUGCUCUAUCUGAGAACUCGGUUCCGGCCGACAUCGCAGCUAGGCUCAUCAACGAUCUAAACAAAGCCCUGGCAGCAAAGGACCAUUACGCAGUGUCGCAGCUGUUUGUGGAAAAUGGCUAUUGGCGUGAUCACCUCGGGCUGUCCUGGGAAUAUCGCACAUUUAAUAGCCCACAGAAAAUUUCGGAUUUCCUAGCGACAGGUAUCCGAUUGUCGCACGUCGAGGUUGAUAGUUCUACCGCGUUUCGAGCCCCGCAUUUUGGUCCCAUUGAUGGUGUUGGGGAAGCAAAGGGACUCGAGUUUUUUAUCAAAUUCACAAAUGACGUGGGAUCUGGACAGGGUGUGGCCCGGGUGGCCGAGGAGUCGAGCGGGCAAUGGAAGUUCUUUACGCUGUAUACAUAUUUGACUGAGCUGAAUGGUUAUGCUGAAAAUACUCGACAUCGAAGAUCACAGGGAGUGGAACAUGGUGGCGACCCAAAUCGUAAGAACUGGAAGGAGAGAAGAGCAGCCGAGAACGUUUUCGAGGAAAAGGAACCACAGGUAUUCAUCAUUGGUGCCGGCCAGGGUGGUUUAGCUAUGGCUGCUCGUUUGAAGAUGCUCGGGGUAGAAACCCUAGUCAUCGACAGAGAAGACCGGAUCGGCGACAAUUGGCGACGGAGAUACCACCAGCUUGUGCUGCACGACCCUGUUUGGAUUGAUCACUUGCCCUAUCUGCCGUUUCCCCCGAAUUGGCCGAUUUUCACUCCCAAGGAUAAGCUAGCGGACUUUUUUGAAUCAUAUGCGUCGUUGCUGGAACUGAACGUCUGGACAAAGACAAACUUGAUUUCUUCCUCCUGGGACGACAAAGCUGGCCAAUGGACGGUAACGGUGGAGAGACAAUACGAUGACGGGAGCAAGAAAACUCACACAUAUCAUCCUCGACAUGUCAUUCUUGCUACCGGACAUUCUGGCAAGAAGAAUUUCCCUACUAUCAAAGGAGUGGAGACCUUUAAAGGCGAUCGGCUAUGCCAUAGCUCUGAAUUCCCCGGAGCCGACCCCAAAUCCAAGGGCAAGAAAGCCGUCGUGAUCGGCUGUUGUAACUCUGGCCACGACAUCGCGCAGGACUUUUAUGAAAAAGGAUAUGACGUUACAAUAGUGCAAAGAAGCUCCACGCUUGUCAUUUCCUCCAAAGCAGUUUUGGAAGUCGGCACAAAAGGUCUCUACGAUGAGGAUGCACCACCAACCGAGGAUGCCGAUCUUUAUUUCUUUAGCUUUCCAUCCGAGCUAUUCAAGAGACUUCAAAUAAAUGCAACAAAGGCUGAGAACCAAGUAGACGCAAAGACGUUGGAAGGUCUCGCAAAAGCUGGCUUCAAGGUCGACAUGGGCCCUAAUGACGCGGGCUUAUUUAUAAAAUACUUCCAACGCGGCGGUGGUUACUACAUCGACGUUGGCGCGAGUCAACUGAUCAUAGAGGGCAAAAUCAAGGUUAAACAGGGCCAAGAAAUUACACAGAUUGUCCCGGACGGUCUCGAGUUUGCGGAUGGGUCGAAGCUCGAGGCAGCCGAGAUCGUCUUUGCUACGGGAUACCAGAACAUGCAUACCGAAGCAAGAGCCAUACUCGGCGAUUCGCUGGCAGAUCGUGUCGGUGGUGUCUGGGGGUUUGAUCAAGAGGGUGAACUGAGGUCUAUGUGGAGGCCAACUGGGCACCCAGGUUUCUGGUACAUGGGCGGCAAUUUACUGUUGUGCAGGCACUAUUCCAGGCUCCUGGCCCUGCAGAUCAAGGCCGCAAUAGAGGGCAUAAAGGGGAAAUCUACUUAA